CCGGUUGUACUAAAUCGACUGGACAGGAAUUGUCGCAACUUCGGCGGUUCACGAAAAAACUCGGCUUUCGAAGGGAAUAACAAUCUCGGGAACAAGCAUCAUUGUUAUGGCUUGAACAGACGACAAUCUAAAAAGAUCACAAAUUGAUCAAUCAUACCAUCAGUCAAACAGUUAACUGUAUUAUUGCGACGAGACUGUUUGGUCUGGUUUAGUUUUUGCAAUUUCGCAUCUCAUAUUAUUAAUUCGCGGGGUCAUCCAAACGGAACCCCCCGGAGGCUAAGGCCGUGCACGGAGCCCCGAUCUCGGAAACCAUCGGCCCCGGAUCGAUAUUUCGCCGCCCGUCAUGGGAUUACUUGCACUUGGAACGGCCCUGGAGUGGCCUGAAGCCAAAAAGCAUGCUGAUAAAGUGCGCGAAUGGGGUAUCAAGCAAUUGUUGGAAAUAUGGAACAAGGCAAAGCAUAAGGAGCGAGAUGCCUUGCUCUGGGGUGACGAGGUUGAAUAUCUCGUCGUGGUAUUUGAUAAAGAUGACCCGAACGUAAAGCUGUCCUUGAGGCAAGCUGAGAUCCUUGAAGCCUUGGCUGCAUCUCCAGACUUGUCGGCUAAGGGAGGAUGUGUUCCUGCUCUUCAGGAUACGAGCGCCACUGAAGAGAGCGAGGAGCCGUUGCCAGUGUUCCACCCUGAAUUUGGGAGAUUCAUGCUCGAGGCUACUCCCGGGAAGCCAUGGGGCAUAGGCUUCAAGGAACUCCUGGAGGUAGAGCCCAACAUGAAGCUGAGGCGGACUAUUGCGAAGCAGCACAUGCGGGCCGACGAAUACCCCAUCACGCUCACCACAUACCCACGUAUCGGAUGCCCCGAAAAGUUUACUGACCCAUAUUAUCCGCCAUCUGGUCCUAAGCUGCGGUCCCAAUUCGUGCCGGACGAGAUAGCAAAUCCGCAUAUCCGCUUCCCAACCCUCGCGGCAAACAUCAGAUCACGCCGAGGUCGGAAGGUGCAGGUCAACGUUCCCGUCUUUCGCGACGAGAAGACUCCGUGGCCGUGGAGUGACCCAACAGUUAACCGCGACAUGCACAACUGGCCAGAAGAUGAGGAUGUGCGGAGCGGCGGUGCUGCUCCGGAAAACUUUAUCCACAUGGACGCCAUGGCUUUCGGCAUGGGCAGCUGCUGUCUACAAAUCACGUUCCAAGCCAAGAAUAUCAUCGAGGGCAGAACCAUGUACGAUCAGCUCAGCCCUCUGGGACCCAUCCUCCUGGCCUUGACUGCCGCCACACCCAUCUACAAGGGGUUUUUGGCCGACACGGAUGUACGCUGGAACCAAAUCAGCCGCGCCGUCGAUUGCCGUACCAAGGAGGAGAUGGGCGAGGAGCCCCUGAAAAACGACAGGUGGAGAAUACCCAAAUCCCGUUAUGCAUCCAACUCAACCUACAUCUCUACGGACCACCGCCUCCGCCCAGAGUACAUGGACCCCAACCUCGUCAUUGACGAGGAUAUUAAGGCGAAGCUCGUCGAGGGCGGAAUGGACGAUCUCCUGGCAACGCACUUUGCCCACCUCUUCAUCCGCGACCCCAUCGUCAUCUUCGCCGAGGACCUCGAGCGGUUGGACCUCGACAAGACGGACCACUUUGAGAACCUGCAGUCGACCAACUGGCAGCACAUGCGCUUCAAGCCGCCGCCCGCCGACAACAACAUCGGCUGGCGGGUCGAGUUCCGCCCCAUGGAGAUCCAAGUGACCGACUUUGAGAACGCCGCUUUCUCCGUCUUUAUAGUGCUCGUCACUCGCGCUAUCCUGUCCUUCAAUCUCAACUUCUACAUACCCAUCCAGCGCGUCGACGAGAACAUGGAAACUGCCCACGCCCGCGACGCCGUCCUGGAGAAGAAGUUCUGGUUCAGAAGGAACCUGUUCCCGACCCGCAGCCCCCGCGGCAACGGGAGCGCCUCGGGCACAGCCACGCCCUUCAGUCGCAGCCCGACGCCCGUCGGCCCCGUCGACGACGAGUACCGCCUCAUGACCAUCAACGAGAUCAUUAACGGCACGGCUGCCGCGGCGGGUAACAGUAACGACGACCACGACGACGCCAACGACGACGAUCACUUCCCCGGCCUGAUCCCCAUCGUCGAGAGCUACCUGGACUCGAUCAACGUCGACGUCGAGACGCGCUGCCACCUGGCCACGUAUCUCGACCUCAUCCGGCGCCGCGCCUCGGGCGAGCUGUGCACCGCCGCCCGCUGGAUCAGGGACUUUGUCGCCGCCCACCCCAAGUACGAAAAGGACAGCGUCGUCGGCCCCGAGAUCAACCACGACCUCGUCCAGGCCGUCAUCGCCAUCGGCGAGAAGGAGUGCGCUGGCAAGGGGUUCAAGGGCAUCGACGUGUUUGGGUUCGACAAGCUACUCGGCAACUUCAGGGGCGGCUGCGGCGGUCCGCAGUCGUCAUAGUCAAGGAGGGUGGCACUUACUAAGGCGAGGGUUGCAUUUUGCUGACUCUAGCGGGAGAACUAUCGCAUGGGGCGGCUUAUACGUAUAAUCUGAUAGGGUGAUGGGCUAGGAUGUAAAAAGAUGGAGGAGGCUAUAGACGACGUUAUUCUUACGCAAUCUGUGAUGGCGCGAGAAUCACUGACGGUCUCGGAAAUAAACAGAAUACAGAGAGUG